CCAGUCUCUGUAAGGGCGAGAAAAGCCCCCGCGGGACCCCUGUGCCUGCACGUCAUCGUGUUGGGGCGCUCUCGUCCACCUUUGUGCCAGCGGUGACGUAACACGCCAUUGUGACAUCAUCCCUUCCCCUGUGAUGUAACCCAGAGGCGAGACUAUCGGGGAGUGCUGGGCUGCGGGGCCUCCCGAGGCCGCUUUGCACCCCCCAUUCCCGUGACACCCGUAGAAUGGCCUCACCCUUUCGGGGAAAGACCGCUUCGCCCCGGGUGGAAACCACCCGCUACAAGGAGACGUCGACGGUGCGCGUGGAGAGCUCGUCGCACCGCGUGGAAACCUCCUCCCGGCUGGUGCACACGUCUUCCCGGCAGGUGGAGACCUCCCAGCGCCGCAGCGAGAGGCCCUCCGCGCUCCCCUCGGGGAAGCGGCUCCCCCGCGUGCUCGAGGUGUCCUCCCAGCACGUGGAAACCUCCUCGCAGCGCACGGAGACGUCCUCCCGCCACGUGCGGGCCUCGUCCCAGCGGGUGGAGACGUCUCUGCACCGCGUGGAGAGCCCUCCCCGGAGGGACAAGGCUGCAGCCAGCCAGAAUGUAAAAAUGCCCCGAUGA